AUGAUCAUUAUCCUAUUCCUCUUGGUUUGUGUUGGAUUUAGUGAUGGUGCCAAUGGAAUAGGGAGGAAAGGGCAGUGGCAACUGCUCCUCAAAAACACUGGCGUGGUUAGCAUGCAUAUGGCUUUAACCUACCAAAACACAGUCAUAAUGUUUGAUCAAACUGAAGCUGGCCCAUCUAAUUACCAACUUCGCAAACGCUUCAAUGGAAGCAGGUGCACCAGAAGCCAUCAUGAUUUGAUGGACUCAACAUGCUAUGCUCACUCUGUUGAGUAUGACAUUAGUGCCAACAAAGUAAGACCUUUGAGGCUUGACACUGAUCCUUGGUGUUCCUCUGGUUCUUUCUUAAGCAAUGGCACACUUGUACAAACAGGUGGAUAUGGCAAAGGUGCCAAAAGGGUCAGAUUCUAUAAGUCUUGUGGGAAUCACCAAUGUGAUUGGGUUCAAUCAAAGAAAUCAUUAUCUGAUGAGCGUUGGUAUGCCUCUAGUCAGAUACUAUCAGAACAUGACAGGGUCGUUGUUGUUGGUGGAAGAAGGGUUUUCACUUAUGAAUUUGUACCAAAAAUUAGUCCUGGAGAAAAAUCUUUUAACCUUCCAUUCUUGCACCAAACAAAUGACAGGAAUUCAAGAGGGAACAACCUCUAUCCCUUCCUUCACCUCUCAUCAGAUGGAAACUUGUUCAUUUUCGCAAACCGUGAUUCAAUCCUACUCAACUUGAGACGUAACAGAGUAAUCAAGACCUUCCCUCGGAUUCAAGGAAAAGGAUCAAGAAACUACCCAAGUUCUGGCUCAUCUGUGUUACUCCCUUUGGACCACAAAGAUAACUUCAAGAAGGUGGAAGUUAUGGUAUGUGGAGGUUCAGCUACUGGGGCAUUCAAAGCUGCUACUAAGGGCACAUUCCUUGAGGGUUUAAGAUCUUGUGGGAGAAUGGUGAUAACAGGGAAUAAGAACAAGUGGGAUAUGGAGUACAUGCCCAAUCCACGUCUCUUACAUGACAUGAUAAUUCUCCCUACUGGGAACAUCUUGAUUAUCAAUGGAGCUAAACAUGGUUGUGCAGGGUAUGACAAUGCUAGAAACGCUUCCCUUGAACCUUAUCUUUAUAGCCCAAAAAAAAGACUAGGAAAAAGGUUCACAAUCCUUAAGUCCACAAAGAUAGCAAGAAUGUAUCACUCAUCAGCAACUCUUCUUCCUGAUGGGAGGGUCUUGGUUGGGGGUGGUAACCCUCAUGGGAGGUAUAGCUUUCACAAUGUGGCAUACCCAACGGAACUGAGACUUCAAGCAUUUGUUCCACACUACAUGGACAGGACGUACCAUAAAUGGAGGCCAAGUAACUUGACCAUAGAAUAUGGUGGUCAAAACCAUGCAAUUGGGUAUGGAAAAGAGUUUAAAGUUCGGUUUUUGUUGAGGAAGAGGCCAAGUAAUGAGAUGGGGUUCAUUGCUUAUGCACCGCCAUUUACUACUCAUGCCUUUGCGAUGAAUCAGAGGAUGCUGAAGCUGAGGUGCAAGAGAAUGGCGAGAAGAGGUGAUGGGUGGGUGGAUGCAGUCUUAGAAGCCCCACCAUCACCCCAUGUUGCACCUUCUGGUUAUUACUUGCUCACGGUUGUGAAUGGUGGAAUUCCUAGCAUUUCUCAGUGGAUUCAGUUUGCACACGCCUAGGCUUGUCUUUGUUCAA